CUCUGGCCAUUAUUAAUGUCUUCUAUUUAUACAUGAUUUUGCAUGAAAGAAGGGAGCCGUCCAAAAUACCGGCAAUACUACAGAGGCAGCUUCUGAAAGCUGCCCCAUGCUACUCCAUGAACGACGAUAUCUCUUCCGUAUGAUUUGCUUCUAUUUGAUGAUCGAACAUGAGCCCAGGCUUUUGAGUGAGGUACAUACGGGCACUUCAUGAUCGAAACCCAACCCCUGCAACAUUUCUUGCUGCCAUCUUCCCUAUCUGCGAUCCCAACUCAAGUAUUUCAGACUCGAUUGCCCGCUAUGGACCAAGGUCGCCUUGCGGGUGUCCUGGAGAGACAAAGGAAACAGCAUUCUAGGUAUUUCGGCAUCGGGAGACCUGCCAACGAGACGAUACUCUAUGGCCCUGUCAAUGCCAUUGUGAAUGCUGUAUUCCCGGAAAACAGUUUAUACAGGCCUAUGCAGCAGUACACGCUAGAAGAUGGGAAGCGGGAUCAACGCGAACUGCUGCGACCUGACAUUACUGUAGUAACUGAUACAGAACUUUUCGAUCAAGACUCGGAUUCCCUCACCUGUUUGGUGAUAGAGGUGAAGAAUAAGCCACUUUCUGCUAAAGAUAGGAAGGAGGACACAAGGAAAGCGGUGGAUCAACUCUAUCGGUACAUGAUCGAUGCCUAUCAAAAGAGACGUUGUCCGAAUAUACUAUACGGCAUUGCCAUCGUAGGCUUUCGAAUGUACCUGUACCAGAUGAGGGGCAUAGGUGCACCGAUGAUUCAUGUCGAGUCGGGAUUUUCCCCAAAUUUUCUAGACAACAUGCGUGAGAAGGCACUUACGUGGCCGCGUGCAACUCGCUCUCUCAACAGCAGUGUGGGUGUGGCCCAACAAGAUACUGACAUGGAGAGACCCCGAGAUACGAUGGGUGGUCUCUUUGAAGAUGUCGUGGCAUUGAGAUUCCCUCCAAUGCCUGAACCCAAGGACCCCAGUGUAUUCGGUACCGCAUCUUACCUACCAGGCCUUAGCCCUGCAAACACCGAUUCUACUGGGCACCACGAAAUCGAGAGCCCAAUACAACUCCGUUCAGCGGAUCGGGUUGGGGAAACACUUUCGUACAUUCCAUUCUUCAAUUCCCCUGCCUCAAGCAACUUGAGCAGCGAUCAUCAAGUCGGCGGGACACCACGUCUCCCCAGCAGUGCCCAACAGAUGUCCACCCCCCAGCCAGGCCAAUCACGGCCUUUCCACGGAAUUCAAUCCAUGCCUGCCACUCACUCAGGUGGAAUGCCACUCACUCCGGGGGUUCCCUCAGGCUCUGUGCCGCGACCCAUCGGAACGCCAUCCUCUCCGAGUCUUCUCUUGCCUCCAUUGGAAUCACCUGAAUCACCACUCCAUCGCUUCUCAACACAAAGGAGGCAGCUGCAGAUAACUAAUAAUGUUGGCGCAAUCGGUAUCCUUGUGAGAGACCAGGAUCAGUCCUCUGGCACUGCAGGUCAAGGCGAACCUGAAGAAGGUCAAGUUCCUCGAGGUGGCGCUGGCUGGAACCCAAGCUAUGCUGCUAAUGUGCCUAGAACACCUGAACCAAUUGGCCGGUGCACCAUGACGGACCGGUACUCUAUCCCGGCUUCACAUGCACCUUCAACCAGCAGUCAACCACGUAACUUUCCGGCUCCCAACAUUGCUUUGCAACGCUCGCGGCACUUUCGCGCAUCCGAGCGAAAUGUCGACAAUAAUAGCCCCGAUACGCCCACCCCUUCAACUAUAGGUCGCGUCGUACGUAGCAAGGGGGUUCUUGCCAUCACACUAUUGCUGAACACGAUUGCUUGUAGAUCCAACAAGCACAUGAGCUCGUAGCAUGAUCAUCU